GGGGAGGCAAAUGUUGUGCAGCAGCCGGCCGGUCACACCUCACCUGUGUGGUGUCUGGUUUCAGAGGAGAAGCUCCUCUUGGGAGGGUCCAAGCGGAGCACGUUGUCAUUAAAGUGUCUGUCCCAUCUGCUGGCCAUGCACACGCUACAGUGCGAUGGGAGGUGUAGCUCAAACACAGGCGUUGGUUGCUGUGGACAAGUAUUUGUAGGUAAAACUCUUGACCUGAACUUUUUUUUUUUUGUCGGAGUGCUGGCAGCAGUGAGAGGAGUUUGUGUUUUUGUUCCUGCUCCUCUUCACUGCCUCGUCUUCUUGCUCGGUUACUUUGAAACUCCCAGGAUACACAGUCUCCGUCCGUCCUCUCUCCACCGAGUCACUGGGACUAUUUCCGAGGUCGGGGCCCCGCUAAUUUGCCGUUGUGUCUCCUCCAAGUCCCGCAGUGAACACGUAUAAUUUCCACCGCCACUUUAAACAUGGACGAGGACAGCGCCGUGCCCGAUUUUAAGGAUAUCGAGAUAAAGCUGGGGCGCAAAGUCCCUGAAAGUCUCAUCCGCUCUCUCGUGGGGGGGAAACACCACGACAAGCACGAGAAGUCGGCGGCGCCGCACUGCGUGAAGAACCGAGCCAACUCCGCCGACCUGAAAAGACUGGAGAGCAAAAUGAUGUUCCUCAAGCAAGAAAUGGCACACCUGCGAGCCAUCGACGUGAAGCUGAUGCAGCAGCUCAUGACGAUCAACGAGGGCAUCGAAUCCAUCCGCUGGAUGAUCGACGACAAAGGAGGUGUGGCCAGCCAGGACGGCAGCCUGACGGGCAGCUUGUACAGCCUAUCAGAUAGCCAGGACGGGGCUUCACUGCGGGGCAGUUUCAACAGCUUGAAUGACGGCCAGAGUGACGGCCUGGACGGUAUAUCUGUAGGCAGUUAUCUGGAUACUCUAGCGGAGGACCUGCCAGACCAGCCCUCGCCCACGGACCUGGACCGUUUCGUGGAUAAAAACGUUAUCGACGGCGACACUUUCAGCAAAUCGCCACUGAAACUCAGGGUGGAAUCAGACGAAUACUACUGCUUUGGAUAACGAUGAUAAGCUCACAACAGUGAUUGCAGAGACUACUGAGAAAUUUUGUGAAGACAGAUGUACAAAACAUACAUGUUCUUCACUUAUCAAAUUUACUUGGUUGACAGGAUUUUCUUUUUUUUAUUGUGAGUUUUCCUCAUUCUCUGGUUUCUGAUGUCAUUUCAUAGUGACACCCAAGUCGGUGGAAGUUGCUGAAUGACUCGUAUUACUCUUUAGCUUUCCUCGUUUUGUGAAUUUAAAACACCUUAUCAAACCAUUGCCACCAAACACAAGGGAAAAAGUUACGUUUUUACGUCUUAAUAUUUUAUCAUGCAGAUUAAACUGAAAAAAAGCUCCAUUAUGCACUAAAUUUGUAUUUAUUGCUUAUUUAUUGUGAGGAUAUUCAUACUGUUCUAGCUUAAAAACAUUUAAUGAAGAAUGGGUUGAUAAAAGCAUCAAUUUCAGGACUAAUUCAGCAUCAAAGUUAUGCAUCCUAGUGGGAAAGAGAUUUCCUGCAUGCUGGUCCUCUCUCGACACACACCAGUCCUGCAAUGUAAACAUCUGUGGAACUGCAUGUUCCUUUGCACAGUGUGCUAAACUCGGCUUGGACUUUGUAUGGGGUCAGCCAGAAAUCAUUUGAUCUAAGUAAUGGAGUAGACUAGGAUUUAGCAGCCAUUUGGAAAAUUAUAAAUUUCAUGCUGUGUGGUUUAAGAGGGCAUAAACUCUUAAAUGUGGCAAAAAAAGUGGUUUGUCCAAGUGUUACAGCAAGUGCAAUUUGCUUCCAUGCCAAAUUUUGAGCACCAUCUAUAUUUUGUUCAGCUUUUACGUUUUCAUUGUAAUGUUUUGACUGAUGGCUUUUCUCAAUGUAGAACAUGUAGUUUUAACCACAAAAGAGAUCCAUUAUUUUUUCCAAAGCACAAAUACUUGAUUGAUUGAGUACCAAAGCAACUUGAUUGUCUUACAGAUAAUUUAGGCCUUAGGCAACAGUUGUUAGUACCAUAUGGGAGAUUUAUUCCUCAUGGACAGAUGUCAAACACAUGUUGGCUCAUAGUGGGAACAUUUUAAAGCUACUUCACUGUUGUCAAAAUGUUUGACUGAAGUUUUAACAAGAGCUGUUUUGUUUUUAUUAUUUUAGCUUUAAACUCCAUGUCGAUUCAUAUGCCAUGUGUGUUGUGUUACAUGCUGCCUACUUUUCAUUGUAAAUAUUGUUUUCCAAAGUUUCUGAAAGGCAUGCUGGGGAAAUGAAAUAAUAUAUUGCGA